AGCCAAUCAAACAAACAAACAAACCUUUUUUUUCCCCCUUUAAUUUUUAUUUAUUUUCUUGCAUAUUUUCCGUCCUCUCCUGUAGCAGCAGCAGCAGCGGCUCGGUGCUCUGCGCGGCGGUGUUAGACGAGAAUGUAAGCUAGGUGGCCGCACGAACACAUUUAUCACACCGAGGCUGUGCCAGACGCACAUGGGAUCCGUCCUGCGUACCCGGGGAUCUACAGCACCCGCAGCCGCGCGGAGGGGACCCUCAGCCCGGUCAGGAGCAGCGCUCACCCUGCCUGGACUCUUCCAGUGACACAUUCACACAAAACAAGCACAACAUAUUUCUGAGGUGAUCUUCUCUUCCUUCCUGGGAGGCUCUCGGGGACUCGGCGUGUUAUUUAUUUAUAUCGUGUUUCAGGCUCAGCCGCGGCGGACGAGCUGCGUCUUCGCGCGGAGAGAGGUCGGACUUCUUUUGGGGAAACAGACCAAAACACACGCGAAAACACUCCCGUCCUGUUGCCCCCCGAGUCUUUUAUUUCCUGUCAGUUUUUUUUUUUUCCUCUUGCGAUUUAUUUCCUGCUGCCAACACCAGGAACCCGGGACUGAGCUCCGAGGAUGAAAGAAAACUAGAUUUGUGAUCGAGGCUCUGAGCUUGUUUUACUGGAUUUAUUUCGCUGUGGAGGAAAAAGAGAUCCGGGAGCGGAGCGGUGCGCAAACACAAGCCGAGGUCUUCCUCCUCUCUUCUCUCCUCUCCCUCCCUCUAUCUCUCCAUCUAUCAAUCUGUCUACCUGUCCUCCUCUAUCGAUCUAUCUCUCCAUUUGUUUCCAUGUUUUAGGGUCCGUGCGAUUUUGCUAAAAUGCAUCAUCAACAGCGGAUGGCAGCUUUGGGAACAGACAAGGAACUGAGUGACUUACUGGAUUUCAGCGCGAUGCGAAACAGCGAUUUGAAAAUGUUCCCAACAUCCAUGAUGUUUUCCCCUCCUGUUAGCAGUGGAAAGAACGGCCCAACCUCCCUGGGGAGCGGACAUUUCUCCGGCUCAAAUAUGGAGGAGAGAACGAGUGCAGGAUCAUGGCCGAGUGGAAGUCGGUCCUCAAAGAGUUAUGCAGAAGGGUCUCAGUACAUGGCGUCACACGACAGCCUCUCACCUCCCUACACCAACUCCAGGCUUGCAGGAAAAUCAGAGAGGACUUCGUACUCGUACGGCAGAGAGUCCAACCCACACUGCCACCAGUCUAUACUGGGAGGUGAGAUGGGAAUGGGGAGUCCCGGCGCGGCAUCGCCCACCAAACCAGCGGGUCAGUACUACCAGCACUACGGCGCCAACCCGAGGAGGAGAACGCUGCCUAUGGACACCAUGGAGGUUCACACAAAAAAAGUGCGGAAGGUCCCUCCCGGCUUGCCGUCCUCAGUGUACGCUCCGUCUGCCAGCACAGCCGACUACAACAGGGACUCACCGGGCUACCCCUCCUCUAAACCCCCAAGCUCCAGCUUCCCAAGCUCGUUCUUCAUGCCAGACGGUCACCACAGCGGCGACCCCUGGAGCAGCAGUAGUAGCAGUAUGAGCCAGCAGGGUUACCAUGGCAGCAUGCUGGGGGGCGGGAACUCUGCCCACGGACCCUCCCAGAGCUCCUCCUACUGCGGGAUUCACCCUCACGACAGAUUGAGCUACCCGUCACAUUCGUCUGCAGACAUCAGCUCCAGCCUUCCUCCCAUGUCCAGCUUCCACAGAAGCGGCGGAAGUGGGGGCGGGGGCAAUCACUACAGCACCGCCUCGUGCACGGCCUCCACCAACGGCACAGACAGCAGCAUUAUGGCAAACAGAGCACAGAGUUCAGCAGCCAGCAGCUCUCAGACAGGAGACGCCUUAGGGAAAGCACUCGCAUCCAUCUACUCUCCAGACCACACGAACAACAGCUUCUCGUCCAAUCCCUCCACUCCAGUCGGCUCCCCUCCCUCCCUCACAGCUGCAAGUUCAGCUGUCUGGUCAAGGAACGGAGGACAGGGAGCGUCAUCCCCAAGCUAUGAGGCUCCGUUGCAUUCUCUGGUAUGCUUAAACACAAAAAACCAGAUGCAAAGUCGUAUUGAGGACCGUCUUGAGCGUUUGGAUGAUGCCAUCCACGUACUGCGGAGUCACGCGGUCGGACCGUCGACGGGUAUGAGCAGCGGGCACGGAGAGAUGCACAACCUUAUAGGGGCAGCACACACGCACAAUGGAGCCAUGGGCGCUCUGAGCAGCGGCUACGGGACAGGACUGCUGUCAGCCAACAGACACUCACUCAUGGUGGGCUCUCACAGAGAAGACGGCGGCGGAUUGCGCAGCGGACACUCGAUGGGCGGUCAGGGAUCGGGGCCUCAGCUUCCCGUCCAGUCGGCCACCUCGCCGGACCUCAACCAGCCCGACCCGUACCGUGGGGAAGCCUCUCCAGACAUCAAUCCAACCAGUCUUCUCCUCCAUCUCUCUGCAGCUCUGUCCGGAGGCCUUCAGGGCCAGAGCACCUCGUCCGUCAGCUCGGAGAUUAAGUCUGAGGACGAGGGAGAUGAGAACCUUCUGCAGGACUCCAAAACCCUGGACACCAAGAAGGAGGACCUGGACAACAAGGAUCUGAAGUCUAUUGAUAGCAACAACGAUGACGAGGACCUGUCUCCGGAGCAGAAGAUGGAAAGAGAGAGGGAACGGAGGAUGGCCAACAAUGCGCGGGAGCGUCUGCGCGUGCGUGACAUCAACGAGGCGUUCAAGGAGCUGGGCAGGAUGGUCCAGCUGCACCUGAAGAGCGACAAACCUCAGACCAAGUUACUGAUCCUGCACCAGGCCGUCGCCGUCAUCCUCAGUCUGGAGCAACAAGUCAGAGAGCGAAACCUGAACCCCAAGGCGGCCUGUCUGAAGCGUCGUGAGGAGGAGAAGGUCAGCGUGUCAUCGGACGGGGCUCCCCUCUCAUUGGCCGCACACCACGUUGCUGCUGCUGCCAUGGGCGACGGGUCAAACCCUAUGGGACAAAUGUCCAAGGUGCCAGAGUUCAUCAAGAUGAUGAGUGACCACUUCCUCUGACGACAUUUCCAUAACAACCUGGCAAUGGAUCAAACCUGUUGUUGCUUUGGCCUGACCAAUCAGAUUCUCUGGAACUACGGCCUGACCAAUCAGAUCAGCCUCUUUCUCGCCUAUCCUCUGUCGUCUCUGAUCCUCCCCUUCACCUUCGUCUCCUUCGUCUGUCAAGAACACAAACUGCAGUCACAAUUAGUCGCUUUCGUCACUUUGCAUUUCCAGCUGAAGUGAACUGGAUGCUACUUAGUGGAGACGUUAAAACAGCCGCUUUGAACAUGGCUGCUACCAAGUGGCAGUCUGUGGGAGCAUUUGGACAAAAUGGACAAUAGUCUUUGGGAUCACAUCAUCUGAGAAAUUCUGCGUCUUGAACUUCUUGUUUUAUCAGCAUUCCCUGUUUUAAAGAACAAAAGGGUUCUAUAUAUAGUAUAUAUAUAUAUGAGAUAAGGAAAAAAUGACAAAAAACUUGUUGUAAAGUGCAACUGGACACAAGCAGUAAGGAGGGUACGGGUUGGGGGAAGUUGUUCAGAACGGAGCAAAACAUAUCACAAAGUGUUUCAAGAAAUUGUUUUUGUUUAAAAAAAAAAAACAACAUUGCGUGGCUGAUGUUGAAUCCAGCUUCAGUGCGUCUCUGACUGAAUGGCAAUCUAACGCCACACUGUGGAUGAAGCUGUGCCUGUUCUCCUCUUGGAUGCAAACCAGUCAGAUAGAUACACAUGGAGUUAAGACAACAAAAUAAAAAAUCCCACUCAAACACCCCCAUGCAAACCACACGUUUUCACUGUUAAAAUGAUAAAUUUAGGAGAAUUUAAGAAUCUGUUGCGACCCUACCCUAUGGGUGCUUGAUAGGCCAAGUGACCUGAACGAAAAUGAAGAUUGCAAUGCUUUGUGACUAUCAUGGAGGCCGAGGAAGAAGAAAAACUAAACACAAUGAGCUUGGGCAACAUCUUCUGCUUCCGAUACAUUCCCUUGUUAACAUUGCAAAAAUGUAGUUUACAUUGCCAGUGUUAAACCCCAAAUAUUUGUCUGUACCUUAAGUUCAACAUAAUAAUGGCCACAUUGACUUCAUAUGAAAUACCACAAAUACAAAAUCCUGGAACGUUAUACUCAAAUGGCACAUGUGUAUCUACUGAGAGGAAGAGAGAACCUGGAGAAUCAAUCAUUAAAUCAGUUAAUCAAUCAAACAGUGAUGGACUCCUAAGGGACUGGGGUGUUAACAUUAUUAUAGAUAGAGUAAUUAAUGAGAGGAAGAAUCAUGCUAAAAUGAAAAGAGUGAUCAUCUAAAUGUACCAGGAAGUAAAGACUUUUCUUGGCACCAACGUUUGCAUUUGCCACUUAUGGUUUGUAGCACUCGUGCAAAAAUUACAACAGAAAGGGAGCGAUAUAGCAAAUGUCCCCAAUCAGAGUCCUUUGACAAAUAUUUAUCAGCACGGGUAGAGCUGGCUGAGUUUGAGGAUUGCUGAAAUCCAAGGAUUACUGGGCAGAUGGUUGAUAGGAUGGACAGAUGAUAUAAAUGAUAGAUGGAUGGAUUGGUAGAUAAAGAGGGAGGAGGGUUUGACUGAGCACUGACGUGAAUUCUGUGCCAUGGUUGGAACAUUCCCUGAAUCAUUAUUGCUCUACUAAGAUUGAGUGCUACCACCAUCCUGAAUGCCUGAACUCUGAGAUCUCUGGGAUUCAUUGGGGUACAAAAGUUGGAUUGGAUAUGUCAACAUCCUGAGGAGCUACACAUAGAGGAAAAGAAGGACAAAACAGAGAUCCAGAGGUCUACACAAUGAUAGGGAAGGAAUUGAAAAAUCAUUGGGGUUGGGGCAAUACUUUUUUUCGGGGGCCAAACAGCAGUAGUCAUAGAAUUCCUGUAUUCAAUUAAUUAGUUUCCCCCAUUUCCUGCUUUACUAUCCGGUUCAUUGUAACCUCAAACCCAUCCUUCUUCUUCCCUGCCCAUAGUACCAAGCUUGAGGGAUUUUGUGAUAGGCACUGUUGGUUUGUCUGUUGCUGGGACCAUAAACUGCUUCAAAUGUCCAUCAAAUCAUCUCUUUGCUUGAUGAUGUUACAGUGAUUGUAGGCUAAAGUUUGAGCACUCCUUCUUUUGUGGUUUUGUUGGAGACAGUGCUAUCUGGACUGGUUUGGACAGGAAUACAAACAUCAAUCGUAGAGCGGAGUGAGGGAAAUACUUAUGCUGCCAUGGUUUUAGUAUUGGGUCAUCGUAAGAUUUUUUUCAACUUGGCAAGACAGGCUGGGCUUACAGCUGAGGUAGUUUGCCAGAGGCUCAAAUUUGAGCACAAUCUUGCUUAUAAAUUGUAUAACUGGCAAAUUAGGUGGGGGUUUAGGGUUUCAUAAGUUGGUCGACUCUGCCUCAGCAGCGGCUUAAGUUAAUGGAACUCAGAUGCUUCGGCCUGACAUUGGAAUAAACCAUAAAAAACACACCAUGCCUGACUUAGGACCAAGACAUUCUGAUUACCUUGAUUAACUAACACCACUAAUCCUGUGUAUUACCUUUGAACAAAAUGCUGCCAUUUGUGUCAUGAUGUUCCUAAGCCAUUUUGGUACAAGUUCAGUAGAAUUGCAAGUUCCCCAUUGAAAUGGGGCAAUACAGGAUUUGGUGAGAGAGUCAAGGGAUCAGAACAAGGUUUGUGACACUGACUAGGGAAUAAAAGAAUCAAGAAACAAGAAAACCCAAAUAUUUGUAGUGUUGCUAUUCAUCAAGGUCUACCCUCCUGCAUCAGAUAGCGGUCAUUGGAAUAUCAGAUAGUGGUCAUUGGAAUAUCUGCAAAAAUGUGUAUUGUUGUUUUGGUGUCAUUCUCAAAGUCUUCUUUCACCCUUGCCCCAGUUUGAACCAUUCUAAAGCCAGGCCAACAGUUGAUCCCCAGUCCCAGUGCUGUCUUCUCUGUUAACCCUCGCCUUAUGAACCCUACAUCAGAGCCCUAGCCCCUCUCCCUAGCCUCUUCUCCCCUUAGGCGGUCCCACAGAUGCAAUUUGAACAUUCACAAUUCUACCAAUGUGCCUUUUUAGAGUUCAUAUCAUUCGAGUUGCCAGAGGAGGACAUUUAUCUGGUCUUUUAAUAGGAUGCAAGCUUAGGGAAACCUGUUCUUAUUCGUUAGGUUCUAUGCAGUCAGGUUUUUUUACCAGACCUGGGAAUUUAAAAAAAGCUAAAAAGGAAAAAAAAGUAUUUUUUGGAUAAAAAAAAAAAAAACGAAACUGUAUUUAAUGUACUGUACGCUUAUAUGUAAGUAGACAGCGUGUUCUGGCUUUCAGUCAGCAAGACAGACGCUUGAUUUAGCAAGACAAGCCCCCAUCCCAGUCCUUUCCGUCCCCCCCAAGUCCUCCAUAAUCCCCAGCCCUCCCUGUUCCAAGAUCCAGCCCUGUUUCCAUGGUGAACAACGCGUCUCUUCUUGUAUUAUAGCUUAUCAGCUUUUUAUCAAUAUUUGACCGGCUUGUCCGUAAGCCAAUGUAGUCUUCAGUACAAAGUGUGUGGUCGUAUGUUGUAAAACAGAUUUUCUUUCUCUCUCUCUAUCUCGCUCUCUUUUAUAAGAAGAAUCUUUUCUCUGAUUACUUUUUCUUUGUCUGUUCUGGUUUACAUGUCUAUUAUAGAAAAUGUAAAAAACAAAAAAACAAAAAGAAUAAAACAACACAUUCGCUAUCCGACAGCAUUGUUCUCUGUCGGUGGUCAUUUUGACGCGGUUAAACUCUUACCCAAUCAACAGGAAGGCACGGAAACUGGAAAAGAAUCUAUUUGAAUAAAUCAAUCUAUAUAUAAAUGUACAAAAAAAUAUAUACAAUAUAUAAGGAGGGUGCCAUUCUGUGUUAUUUUUUAUUUCUGUCGCAAAGGAGAGUUUUCUUGGGGAGGAAUUAUUUUCUCAGAGACUGAACUGGCAGAAGUCGGCGAGGCCCCUCAGUGUUAAAAAGUUUUCAACUGACUUUGUUGUGUUCUCUGUUGUUGCCAUGACAACACCCUCAGACUAGUACGGCACCCUGCGCAGGACAAAAUGGGGACCGAAGUUCCAUCAGCUCCUUUCACUGCUAUCUAUCAAAGGCAACAACUCACAGACGUUUGUAAAUUGUAUGCAACAAAAUGGCAAACUUUACCAUUAUUUUGAAAUUGUGUACGUAAAAGUUAUAUUUUUACAUGUAGACUGUUGUUAUUUUGUGUUUUAGAAAUAUGUUGUAUCGGUUCUUUUGUUAAAAGAUGAAAAAGUAAAAAUUCAGUGUGUGUUGAAAAAAUGUGUCACAUUGAAAAUGUAGUGAGGUCAAAAGUUUCAAAUCAUUAUUUUUUUUUCCAACAUUACGUUUAUUAUCUGUGGGGAACAUUUUUUAAGGGUUUGUGGGAGGAAUCAGAAACCAUAAAUGAUAUAUGAUAUUUGUCUAAUUUCCCAUGGCUCAUUACAUUACCAUUUUUAAUUGUAUUUUUUGCAGAGAAAUGUGUAAAUAGUCAUGAAACAUUUGUGGGGGAUUCCGUGGGGUGAGGACUUGCCAGUGAGAGGUGAUGAUGAUGAACUUGUUUUGAGUUUUUGUGGAGUUAUAUUUGUCCGCUUACAGUAGCCAGGUGCCAACUUUUAGUUUUGGUCAGUGGUGCACAGUGCUGUAUGUGGUUUUAGUUGCAGACCAUCUAAAGUGUCAGUCAAUUUAUUGCCUUCCCUUGUACCAAGAAUCACGUGUGUCAGAGUCGGAUAGAGCCUUCAUUUUACCACCAUGACGUUUUGUAAAAUUAAUUUUAUUGUCAAAAAUGACCUGCACAGGGUUGCACCAGCUCUGCUUAAGUUCAGAUGUAGCCAAGAAUGAAUGCAAUUUCCAAUUAAGCACAAAGUUCAGUAUUAUUAACUUUGACAGGUGCUAGCUGAAAACGUCCAACAUCGUCAUACAACAUACAUCUUAAAUCUUACACUUAGCUCCUAGUAAGUGUAAAGUCCUCUGCAAAAAGAUUUUAUCAGGUGGAAUAACUUGAUGAGGAGGUACAGCUGGUUUACCCAGUGGUCUACGGUCAGCAGUGCGUUCUCUGCGAUAGAUAACUUCCCAUAGCAGUGUAAGAUGACUUUGUGUUUUACCACUGCUUAUGUUCUCCAUGAGUAGACAAAGAGAUAUUUUCAUCGGCCCAAUAAGACAGUACCGUUAAUUUACCUUAAAUUGUAUUUGACAAUCUCACAAUUUGAAGUCACUGUUAAAUUAUAAUUUUACACUAGCUGUAGAUUGAGGAUGUUGGAUCUAUUUAUCACCCAAUCACAUUGCUAUGUCAUAGUUUACAUACAUUUGAGUUGCUGUUGAUUAACGGCAGUUACCGGAAGCUGUUUUCAGCUGUUACGCAUGAGAGACAGCUCUGUAACAGACACUGUAUUAAGAAAAAAUGCUUUCCACUGAUUGGUCACAUGAAGUUUAAAAGUAAUUUCUGCGACAAUAACUUGGACGUCACGCUUUGCUGGUUACGAUGAACUAACUAGUUCAGACAUAAUGUUGAGUGAAAGUGAGGACCCAAACUCAAGACAGAACUUAUACAGAACUGGUACAACAGGCCACAGGUCUUUAUUUAAAAUACUGUAUCUGGUAUGGUUAUGAUCCUGCACAAUGCAUUUUUAGUUACGAUAUUAUUUAUCGUUGGAAAAAAAAUGGAAUAUGAUGUUUGUAGAGGAAUAUUGUUGUGGUAACAUGGACUGGUAUCAGAGAUGUAAUGGUUUAAAGGAUUUGUAAAAUUACGUCGACAAUGUUGCAAACGUUAUGUAGGAACCUUUAAUCAAAGUUACUGCUGGCUCCCCCUAGUGGCUCUGACUCCUGUGUAUUAACUUUCUUCAAGAUGGGCUGUAAAUGUUGAAUAAGUGAAAGACCCUCAGCACCUGAUUCAAUAAUAAUAUAUGAAAAUUGUGUAAAAGAUUGGAGUGUUGCUAAUAUAAAAUAGCAAGUCGUCAGCAUACAAUCUUAUCAGCUAUUUCCCCAAAAAAGGUAUUAGAUGAUGUGCAAGGCAGUUUCAGUCAGUUGUUUGAAGUGUUUGCCAUGAAAAUUGAGCUUUUCAUCAAAAAGAGAAGCUGCUUUGAAUCGGACCUAUCGGUAAAACACAAGCAUUGAAUCUGUCAGUGUAAGUGCUAAAUGUAUUUUUUAAGUAAUGUUAUUUUUGCGAUGCUUUAUUUCAUAUUUUCUCUUUGUUGUAUAAUCAAGUCAUCUCCCGAUACAGUAUCUUCAUUUUUAUGUUACCCCUGAUGUUUCUAUUAGUCAGAAUGUUAACUUUUUCUUUUCCCCUCCUUGUUGUAUAUACACACCUCAUUUCUCUUUUUUCAGUGACUGUGCCAUGAGCUUUGUAAUCUGUUACUCUGUACCAGUUUUACUGCAAUAAUGAGUUGAAUUCAAAA